GUCUGCUUAAUUUUAUUUCAGGUUGUGGUUGAGUAUUAGAAACCUAAGUUACAUUUAAAAUGCAGAACUGCAGAACUGGUGUAGUUCAUCAAUAUAUAAACAUGUUCCACUGAGGUUCCACAACCAUGAAGUAAAAUACUUAAAUACUCACCAUACAUGACAAGUUUUGUUUGCGCUCUUUUCACAGGCUGUCUUUACUCAGUUGUGGCAGUCGCAGCCGUACUGUUCGCAGAAUCCUGAUUGCUUGUGUCAUCUCUUUCCUCGCUCUUCUCUCUGCUGUGACCAUGGACUUCAACCCAUCUUUGGCUCAAUGGCAAGCCACUGAAGCUUCACUUAAAGAGCUUACAUCCUGUAGGACAAAAGUUACGCUCAGACUCGUUAUGGAGCUCCAAACAUUAAGAAACCUCAGUUCAGCAAGACAGAAUGCAGUUUAUAAUGUCAAGCAAGAACAGUUUCCCAGCUCCUGGUCCUUGGUAAUGCUCACAGUUAAUCGUUGUUGUUCUAGUACUGAUAUGGACAGUUUGGGUCAGCCCUGUGGUGUUGAGAUACUUGAGUUUUGUGAACAUCUUCAAUCCAACCUUUCAGAGUUUCUCAAUGCUACAUGGAGAGGUGAGUUAAUGGAUACUAAUGAAACCACAGUUUUUACUCUAGCAAUUGAGAAGAUAUUAAACACAUGGGGCGUCGGAGAUGUUGACAUUGGUUUCCUCAAACACAACACAGACUGGACAGAUGUCCUUGCUCUGAAACUGCUUUUAACUGUCCAGGAGUUGAACUAUCGCUGGAUAACAGGUGAAAAGAAAGGAGAUGAAAUAUGGCAUGCAACAACAGUCAUGUCAGUCAUAAAAGACAUGUCUGAAAACCUCCAUUACUGUUGGAUGGAAAGCACUGAUUUAGAGCUAAACCGGAGUAAUAUAAAAGAUUUAAUCUCCUCUACUGCCACAACUUCCAGUGGAUCCACAGAGUUGAUGCUGGCCUUGGAGAACACGCUGAGAUGUUUUCACGCCAGAGCCGGAUGGGCUCUGAAACUGAAAUCCAGAGACAUCUCGUCCAGCAUCAGUCUGAAGAUCUGCCUGCUCACCAUCGCCUGUCUCAUUUACCCCAUAGUGCUGCUCUCCUUCAAACAAAUGACAGAAUGGAUCCAGGACUACGCUCAGAGCCUCAGGGAGAAGACAGAAGACCUGAAGAGAGAACGACGUCUUGCAGAAGAUCUCCUUCAUCAGAUGCUGCCCAAAUCUGUGGCCAAGCAGCUACGCCAACACAAACACGUAGAGGCUGAGAGUUAUGAGAAGGUGACUAUUUUUUUCUCAGACAUUGUGGGUUUUACUGCGAUAUCAGCCUCCUGCACUCCACUACAAGUUGUUGAGAUGCUAAAUAACCUCUACAUGUGCUUCGACACCCGCAUUGACUCCUAUGAUGUCUACAAGGUGGAGACUAUAGGAGACGCAUACAUGGUGGUCAGUGGACUGCCAGAGAGAAACGGAGACAGACAUGCAGAUGAGAUCGCUAAAAUGUCUCUGGAUCUGGUGGCUGCGGUCAGACAGGUGCCAAUACCUCACAUGCCUAACAAACGCCUUCAGCUGCGAGCCGGAAUACACACAGGUCCUUGUGUAGCUGGCAUUGUUGGGUACAAGAUGCCGCGGUACUGUUUGUUUGGAGACACUGUCAAUACGGCCUCUCGGAUGGAGUCCACUAGCCUGCCACAGAAGAUACAUGCAAGCUCUGCUACAUACCUGGCACUCAUGAAGGACAAUGCGUAUGAACUGCAGUUACGUGGUGAGAUUGAAGUAAAGGGAAAAGGAAAAAUGAACACUUACUGGUUGAUUGGUCACAAAAACUACAGUGUUCAGAAUGACAGUUUGGUUUGUCACUGGAACCCCAAUAUCUCAAGAAAGAAAAAGGCCCCUGUAGGGAGCAACGUGUCCAUGGAGAAUGUAAGUGUUCAACUUCCACUACAUGUUUUUGAAACAUACUACUGUUCAAAGGAGUCAGUGAGAUUUUUGAAAAAUAAUUUAAUAGUUUUAUUCAGCAAGGAAGCAUCAACUGGUGAUGCCUACAGGAUGGGCUGGGAUUCUGUAUGCAAUGGGCACACAGAUUCGGGCUCAAGUACUGCUUGCUCUUUGCUGGUUCCAGUCAAGCAUGUGCUUGUUCGCUUGGACAGUACUGCGACAGCUGCAUACAUCAACCAUCAAGGGGGGAGAUGCUCUUGUUGCCUGUCACAACUCGCUUCUCCUUUGGAGUCAGACGUGGCUCAAAUCGCUGUGUGCUGUCAUGUUCCGGUGGAGCUCAAUCGUACAGCACUCAUUACAGCUUUCCCUUCUGGGAGAAUGGAGACUCCAUCCCUAGGCAGUCCAGCUAAUUUUGUAGCCGAUUCAGGGAACCCCAGGUAG